UUUAUCAAUCUGUUUGCUUUACUUCACUGCUGCCUAUCAUGCAAGUUGCUGUUAAGGAUCAACAGGAUACAUACAGACCGUACGUGCCCCGGGAGGAACAUGUUGGAAAAUCAACUAUCAAAGCUGAUAAGCAAGUCAAUCGAUUUGAUGAGAAAGGAUCAUUAAUUUGUAACCAAAGGUUUGUUGCACAAACUAUUGAAAGCCUUCUUCCUGAUGAGGAAGAUCUCUUCUCUGGCGUACUUGAUGAAUUGGGACAUACUGCUACUGGCGACGAAGAUGACGAAGAUUUUGAUCUGUUCAGCAGUAGUGGAGGCAUGGAAAUGGAAGGGAAUUCUAAGUUAUAUUUUCGACCACUGAAUUCAAUGACUUCCGAGGGACUUAAUAGUAAUCAAAGUAGUUCAGACUAUCCAACUUUCGGCGAACACCCUUCCAGAACCCUUCUUGUGAAAAAUGUGGAUAACAGAGUUGAGGAUUCAGAACUUAGAGUUCUGUUUGAGCACCAUGGAGAUAUACAAACUUUCGACACAACUUGUAGAUGUCAAGGUUUUGUGAUAAUAUCGUAUUAUGACAUAAGGGCUGCUACCAUUGCGUUUAGUACACUUCAAAACAAACCAUUGGAAAAUAAGAAGCUUCACAUACAUUAUUCGUAUCCAAAGGAUGGUCCCUCAGGACAAUACAUUGAUCAGGCCAGCCUUGUGGUAUUUAAUUGUGAUUCCUUUAUAUCUAACGACAAACUUCACCAAAUAUUUGGCAGUUUUGGAGAAAUUGAAGAAAUAUAUGGAACUACACAUCACAGACGCAUAAAAUAUUAUGAUAUUCGAGCUGCAGAAGCAGCUAGUAACGGAUUAAAUAGUAAUAGUAUGUUGCAAGAGCAGAUCAAAGUUGAAGUAAGCCAUCCAGAACAUGGGGAAAGUUUGAUGCAACAGUUUACUCCUGGGCUAGUGCAAGGUCAAGUUAGGUCAUGUCAAAACCUUAGUGGCAAGUCAUUGCUGCAUGUGGUAAAUAGUUGCAUGAAGGAUGGAUAUGUCCAUGGUGAACCCUCACUAAGCGAGAUGAAUGUCAAUGCAUUCCCUGGAGAUGUUCCACUCCAGUCCAAUUGUUGUUUUACAAAUAGCUUGCCAUCUCCUGUUGGAAUAGCAUCUCUUUGUAAGCAAUUGGGCCAUGGGCCUCAUCGUUCUACUAAUCAAGCAAAGUUCCACAACCAAUUCCCUAGUUUCCAUCCUCAAUCAUUACCCAUCAACUGUGAAGGUUUUGUUGAUAAUGGUGUUAUCACAUAUGACCCUGUGAACUUGGCAAGUGUUGGUUUUACAAUGGAAACAAAUGAUAAGCACCUUCAUAUGCUGGAUCCAUAUGGUCCUCCAAUGGAACACAUGUUUAGCGGCUCUUCAGGAACUGGAAGCUCUUUACUCAGUGGACAUCAUCAUGCAUGGAGCUGCUCCAAGUCCUUCCAUGAUCAUAAUCCAAAUCCUGUAAUCUGGUCACAUUCUCCUCCAUUUGAUAAUGGUGUUUCUGCUACCAGAACUUCUAUUCUUUCUGCAUUAUCAGAAGUACUGCCACCUGUCCUCUACACAGUGUCACCUAUACAUACACAAAAUCUCACCAGAUCAGCACCAUCUGGUAGUCUAUCUUGCAAGAAUUUACAAAUGACCCAUAUGGAGGAGUCUUCUAAAGCAGAUGGUUUCUUGAAUCCCCUUCGAGUAGUUGGUUCCCCAUCUACCAUGUGCCCUCCUCAGAUUAUAAGCCAUAAAUCUCUCGAGAGGCAUGCAGGCACUACCUCACCAUUCACUUCUAGUAAGCCAAGGGGACGAGUGAGAAGAACAUCUCAUGGCAGACAGGAAAGCAUUUCCUGUCACACAGAUGAGAAAAAUUACGAACUUGAUAUCGAAUCUGUAUUGUGUGGGGAAGACUGCCGAACAACGUUGAUGAUAAAAAAUAUUCCAAAUAAGUACAGCUCUGCAAUGCUGUUGGCUGCAAUCAAUGAACAAAAUCAAGGCACUUAUGAUUUCAUUUAUCUUCCUCUUGACUUCAAGAAUAAGUGCAACAUGGGCUACGCGUUUAUAAACAUGAUCGAUCCACUUAAAAUAUUGCAAUUUCACAAGUCAUUCAAUGGCAAAAAAUGGGAGAAGUUCCAUAGUGGAAAAGUGGCAUGCCUUGCAUAUGCUCGAAUUCAAGGAAAGGAUGCCCUAAUCGCACACUUCCAGCAGUCAAGCUUGAUGAAUCAAGAUAAAUGUUGUCAUCCUAUUCUCUUUACUACAGAUGGUCCAAAUGCUGGCAAUCAGGAGCCUUUUCCCCUUGGUCCGAGCAUCCACACAAGACGACACAAGAACGGUUGCAAUGGUCGCGAAGUGAAUCAAAACCAUGAGAUCUAACCAACUUCCUUUAGAAGGAGAGACCAUUUGAAAUCUAAGAUGGAUCAGGUGUGCCUAGAUUUUGUUUCUCACCAAUUGUAUCUACAUAUAUCGUUCAAAUCAUUACCAUUUAUAAGAUAUGAUCAAAGGGAACAAGGUUUGAAGAAUUGCAUUGA